UUUCUUUUGAAGAAGAACUCAAUCCUGCAGAUUAACGAUAGAGACACUUUUCUCUCUCUUUCUCUCUCUCUAAAUUCAGAGCGACACCGCGUUUUACUCGCCGGAAAUUCCAUUAAUGAUCAAUAUCUGAUUACAGUUAAGAUCCGGGGUAAUCACUUCGUCAAUUUUUGGUCCGUUGAAUUGUUAAAGGGUCAUGUCUAGUCAUCGAGUUGACGAAGCUGAGGCUGAAAACAUGACUGGGGAUAAUGAAGUGGAUGGUGUAGAUGAUGAUAUGGAUGAAGAGUUUCACGGUGAAGAGAUGGAUGGCUCAGACUCUGAUGUGGAUGAAUACUAUUACUUGAAUAAUAAAAUAGCGGAUACAACUGCUUCUCAAGCUAGGAAGGGGAAAGAUAUUCAAGGGAUACCUUGGGAUCGCCUUAGUAUUAGUAGAGAGGAAUAUAGGAAGACGAGGUUAGAACAGUACAAUAAUUAUGAGAACGUCACCCAUUCGAGCCAAAUGGUUGAAAAAGAAUGCCAAGUAACAAAGAAAUGGGGAUUGUAUUAUGAUUUUAGGCGAAAUUCAAGAUCCGUGAAAUCAACAAUACUUCAUUUCCAGUUGAGGAACUUGGUUUGGGUCACGUCAAAGCAUGAUGUCUACCUAAUGUCUCAUUUUUCUAUUGUUCAUUGGUCUUCAUUAACUGGUAACAAGACCGAGGUUCUUAAUGUUUCAGGCCAUGUGGCACCAUGUGAGAAACAUCCUGGAAGCCUGCUUGAAGGAUUCACUCAAACGCAAAUUAGUACCCUUGCAGUAAAAGAUAAUUUGUUGGUUGCUGGUGGAUUUCUGGGUGAACUUAUAUGCAAGAAUUUGACCAGACCUGGAAUAUGCUUCUGCACAAGAACUACAUACGAAGAUAAUGCAAUUACUAAUGCUAUUGAGAUAUAUACCACUCCAAGUGGCGCAUUACAUUUCAUCGCUUCAAAUAACGACGGCGGAGUUAGGGUUUUCGAUAUGGAGAAAUUUCAACUCUCUAAUCAUUUUAUCUUCGACUGGCCAGUGAAUCAUACGUCUCAGAGUCCAGACGGUAACCUUAUAACAGUAGUAGGAGACAGUCCGACUGGAUUGUUGGUUGAUUCGAGAACUGGAAAGACUAUUGCUACUUUAUCUGGUCACGCGGAUUACUCGUUCGCAUCAGCAUGGAAUCCAGAUGGGGUCACGUUUGCAACUGGAAAUCAGGACAAGACAUGCCGAAUAUGGGAUGUACGAAACCUAUCAAAGUCUGUUACUUCUCUGAGAGGUAACCUUGGAGCCAUACGAUCAAUUCGUUACACAUCGGAUGGUCGUUACUUGUCCACGGCUGAGCCAGCAGACUUUGUUCACGUUUACGAUGUGAGAAGUGGGUACAAGGAAGAACAGGAAAUAAACUUCUUUGGGGAGAUAUCUGGAAUGGCUUUCAGCCCGGACACAGAUUCACUGUUUAUAGGUGUAUGGGAUCGAACUUAUGGUAGCUUACUGGAGUUUGGCCGUCGAAGACAAUACUCCUAUCUCGACUCUAUCAUUUGAUUUUGUGAUAAUAAUUCGAUUCUGAACUGGGAGAAUGUUAUUGUUUAUUUAUGGGGAUUAUUUUCUGUAUAUUAUUGAACUUUCUUUGGUUGGUUGGAGGAACUUCUUGUAAUUCAAUUUGUGUUUCAUCCUUUA